AUGUCAACUUGGCAGUUGUCGACCUCGCGACCGCGGGCCGCGUCACGUGCCUUCGGCGGCAGCCAUCGCAGGGUAGAGUUGUCGGGGUUAGAGGUCGUCGGAUCUCGGAUGCGCGCCAUGCAACAACACGCAGCGAUGACUCGCCUGGUUUUUCUGGGUGAAGAGGCCAAUCGCGGCUCAUCGUCUCAUACCGGCUGCAUUUCUGCAGCGCAACACGCCUCGGCCCCAAGGAGCUCAGAACGCGACGCACCGAGAACGCUUCGACUCCCUGAUGCGUUGGCCGUACAGGCAAAAGAAGACGGGGAGCGGAACAAACGCCGCGGCAAGGUCGCCAUCCACAGUCACAUUGGCAAGGUGCCCGAUACCCAUUGGGCCCCGGAUGCCGUGGGCGAGGUUCGUGACGCUGCCGCCGCGUCGGUCAUGAUGAUUGAUGAUGGUGGUGGAAACCGAAGCUGCGGAACGGAGGCGCGCUCAGGUCAGGUGACGAGGGGGUGA